AUGCGACUACCAAUGUACAAAAAUGAUGAAAGAACUGGAUUUAACCGCUUAACUGCCUUCCAAAACGACUAUCGUGAACUUGUAAACAUGCAAUACAUCUAUGAACCGGUCGUCAGCCUGUGGCAAUUGCCAGCUUUUGGAGCAGUUGGUAGUGUAAAAGUACGGUACGACGGUAAGCACUUUCUGAUCUCCGGCCAUGAGGUGUUGAUUUCACUGAUAUGGACGUUUAUGUUUUACAAUUUACCAGACCAAGGCUGCUUCCGAGAACUUGACAGUGCUCAUCCCUACUUCCGCCUGGUCUCCUCCAGCAAAACGAUCAUGAACUUCUACGGCUCUAAAGCUAUUUGUAUGUUUACUGGCGAUGUAUUGGGCUUGCACGACGACUACAACGAGUACGACCCGGAAUUGUCGUCAAAGCGUUGGGCUCGGGAUGUCUCCAAAACGAUGCACGACUUUGGAUUCGUCGAGUCGAACGAGUGGCUGUUCGCCUACGACGCA